GUCGCCUAUUUUUUUUGUGUCGAUUCUAGGUCUUCCUCUUCGCUCUCUGUACUUCCUCCUCUCAGAAUUCGAAACCCUCAUGGAUUCGCAUACCAACGACCCCAACCUCGACGGCGAAGCUCACGACAUAAACGGGCCAGACCACCGACACGAGGCGGCGGAGGAUGACGACUACAGCAGGUCCCAGCCUCACACUGGCGACGGCGCCAGUUCCGGGAAAAUCUUUAUAGGGGGUUUGGCAAGAAGGACUACUACAGCGGAAUUUAUUAAGCAUUUUGGUGCGUACGGUGAGAUUAUAGAUUCGGUGAUAAUGAAGGACCGGAAGAUGGGGCAACCCCGUGGUUUCGGGUUUGUGACGUAUGACCCCUCUGUGGUUGAUAAAGUCAUUGAGGAUGUUCAUGUUAUCAAUGACAGACAAGUCGAAAUCAAGCGAACAAUACCCCGGGGAGCAAUGGUUUCUAAGGAUUUCAAGACUAAGAAGAUUUUUGUGGGUGGAAUUCCAACAACCGUAAAUGAAGAGGAGUUUAGCGACUUCUUUUCACAGUACGGAGAGGUCAAGGAACACCAGAUUAUGCGGGACCACUCCACCGGGCGCUCACGUGGAUUUGGAUUUGUUACCUUCGACACAGAGCAAGCAGUGGAUGAACUCUUGGACAAAGGGAACAAGCUUGAGUUUGCUGGAGCUCAGGUGGAGAUAAAAAAGGCAGAACCAAAGAAGCCAAACCAACCUGCACCACCAUCAAAACGUUAUAAUGAUUCUAGACCUGCAUAUGGUGGUGGGUAUGGAGAAAGCUAUGGUGGAUUUGGAGGUGGCAGUUAUGGUGGUGCUGGUGGCUAUAGGUCAGCUGAUGCCUAUGGUGGUAGAGGCAGUGCUUAUGGAGGAUAUGGUGGCAGUGAAUUUGGCGGAUAUGGAGUAUAUGGUGGCGGUGGUGGCGGCGGUAUAGGGGCUUAUAGGGGAGAAUCUUCCAUAGGAUAUUCAAGCCGUUAUGGAGGAGCCUAUAGCAGGGGUUAUGAUAUGGGAGGUGGUUAUGGUGGAGCUGGUGAGAGUUAUGGGGGAUAUGGAGGUGCUGGCGGGGCAGCUGGUGGUGGUGGUGGCUAUGGGAGUGGCUAUGAUGCAGGUUUUGGAGGUGGAUACGGAGGUGGCUACGGAGGUGGUAGUGGAGCUUCCUUUUACGGUAGUAGAGGAGGGGGAUAUGGCGGUGCAGGUAGUGGCCGUUAUCAUCCAUAUGGGAGGUAGGUUUGUUGUAUUUUAGGAUGAAAAAAGAAGUCUGCAGCUAAAUGAACCUACCUCUGUAGCUAUUGGCUUCAAGUCUACAGGCGUAUGUUUCCGGUUUCUCACUUGGUCUCAUUUCUCUCUCUUUCUAUAUUUUGCCCCGGCGGCAAUGGAGGCCGGUAACCUUGUGUCAACGACGUUCCGUAUAAUCUUCUGUUGAAUUCUUUUUAUUUCAUUGAAGCCCUUUAUUUGUACCAGGACUAUGAGAUUAAAGGGACCUGGCAAUUGACAUUAACAGGCUGCACAUUUGUGCAGAUGUUUGCAUUCUCGCACUGAAUUUUAUUUCGUACGAUGGCAUAGAGACUGCCAUUAGUUCUUUUUUC